AAAUCUGAGGACAGAUAAAAUGACGAUGGUGACCAUAAGAAGAAGAGCCCAGAGGAUCUAGGGCUUCACAAUCGCUUCCAUCUCUCAACUCUCUCUCUCGACGGAUUUUAGCUUGCAGAUGUUUCUUCUCCUCUCUGGGAUUCAUCAUCUUCUCUUCUUAAAUUCUUCCUCUUUUCCUGAAAAAAGUUAGGGUUUUUUGAUAACUUGGGAUGAGAAUAAUGAUGAUGAUGAUUGGUGCUUCAAUCUAAGAGUAAAUUCACGAGAUUUUAAAAGGGUAAUUGGACCUUCCUGAAUCAAAAAGAAUUGAUUUUUAGAUUGAAAAAAGAAGUGAGAGUUUCUGUAACUAUGAGGGCAUUGCACAAAAGGGUAUCUUGGCCACCAGAUUUUAAACUUUGUCAGUUAUUGGGAAUCCGUGUGGAACCAUGGUGACAAACCUGCCAAUCACUUGUCUCGAGCUCUUGGACUUGGAGGACAUACAUAUAAAAUCUGCAUUUUUGUUCUUUUAAUCUAUAUUUGCAUCAUAGUCUAAAUUGUUUGCCCAUUUUUGGUUCUUUGGAUAAGGGGCUAAUCAUGAGAUACAUCCAGUUCCAUCAUGGCAUACUCACGAGAUCAAUGUAGUCAAGUAGUUCAGUGGUGAGGUAUGAAAGAGAACGAACCAAGAAUAAUGAGUGAUGUCCAAAGGGUUUUGGCUAUCUUCAACAAAGUAUUCGGCAUGGUGAAUCGUUAUACAUUCACACACUCUUGAAUACUGUCAUUUGCAUACUUUGUGCUGAUGGAAAAUACUUUGGUAAGUUAGCUUGGAGACGAUUCGUUGUCCAGCUCUGUUGCUUACUGGGAAGGGAGAGGAGUAGGAGGAUGCUACAGAGAGGAACGUCACCAUUUUCAUUUUUUUCAUGUAUACAUGGUUUGAAAAGUAGUUGAUUAGUUAGGCUGUUCUGGAUUAUGAGGUCAUUGUCUUAUACGUUACCACAUUGUUUGUUUCUUUCUUUACUUAAGCUUUUUCAAACAACCAGGAUUCUUGUAAUACGUUAAUGCUUACAAGCCCUUGUUGACUUUUUUUGGACUGUAUAUUUGAGAUAACUGGUCCAAUGGUACGGCUAUUCAUAUCAGAGGAUUCACCUUCACAAGUUGGAUCAGAGUCUCAAGAUCACCUGCAAGCAAAGUCACCGUUGGCUUCCCAUCCAAGUGAUGAUAAUCUACCACCUGGUUUUGGUGGACCUCUUUCCGCGAAUCAGUCCCAGAUUAAGUUAUCAGACAUCCCAGUAAUAAAGUGGAAAUCCUCUGUCCGGAUUCUGCUAGAUGAGGAAUGGAGAGUGGUUGCAGGGGACGAAAGCAAAGAAGUGGAGGUCCAAAAUCAGAGGGAAUUGAGAGUUCUUGAAGCAUUUUAUCCUGGCGCAUCAUCUAUUCCUCCAAAUCAAAUCUGCAGCCCUUCGGUUCCAGCUGAUGUUGAGAACCAUCAUGAUGAUCAGCAAACCAUUGUCAUACCCAUCCUACCUGUAGAAGACGAUGACAUAGCGAUGGAUUCAGCAUCUGAUUUCCCAACCCAAUCUGGCGUGGAUGUGGGAACAGAUCCAUCAAUAACGGAUGAGAAUACAUCAACUUCUUCAAUCCUCCCUGCAGGGCCAGAGAUAAUGGCUGCAUUAUCUGCAAUCUCAAACAGCAAAGAACAAGGCAGCAGCAUGAUCGACCAAGAUCUGCUUAUUAAAAUCCUAAGCAACCCUAAGUUGGUCGAGAAUCUUGUUGCAAAUUCUGGCAGUGCAGGUUCAGUUUCCUCCAACGCAGGUAGCCUCUACCCAUCUUCAACACAUGAAGCCAAUGGAGUAGUAACUACAGCACCUACUUACUCAAAUGGACAAUUUUACCCUCAGCCAUCCAUAACCCAUAUUCCUCCCAUGGCGUAUACUCCUCUAGACCAACCAAACUAUGGAGCACCUCCAGCAAGAGAUGCUAGUUAUUACAAGAACCUGAUUCAGCAACAUGGUGGGGAUAGACAAGAAAUGCCGCCAGUUCAACAACAUCUUGGUUAUCGUUACAACCUCCAACCUGGAGGACCUAACCCGGAGAUGGUAAAUAGCAAUAAUAAUAACCAGAGGCCAAGGGACUCAAAACCCAAGAUAAUGAAGCCUUGCAUGUAUUUCAACAGCACAAGGGGUUGUCGCCAUGGAGCCAAUUGUUUGUACCAGCACGAUGUUACUACACCUUACCAGCCGAGGAAUCUAAACAAUGGUAAUAUCAACACUUCUGAGAUGCAGAAUGCAAAAAGAAUGAGAUUUGACAGAGACUGAUGCAGAAUUAGCAUACCACACAUGCUCUUUGCCUCUUGGUGUGAGAGCUUGUUGUUUAGCAGCAGAGCAAUUUUUCUCUUUUCUCUUGUCUGAUUUUGCUGCUAUAUAAGUUUUAUAUACAUUUGAAAUCAUAUCUUUGUUUUACGCCACAAAUGUAGAAUUAAUCAGCGAGUAUCUUUUGGCUCACCAACACAGUAGUAAUUAUACUAUAUCCCUAGCUUUCUUGA